GCAGCCGGUGACCCCCCAUCACUUUCUACCCGAUUCUCAGUGCCUAUGGUGUGGAACAAAAAUAAGGGAGAGACCUGUCAUAAGAGCACGUUGUUUGUGUGUGUGCGUACCGUACCGCCAUGGCAUAUCUCGUCGAAGGAAGAUGGCUGCCGGAAUUCUUUCAAAAAUUUUUUCCCUACACACACACACUCUGAAAAAUGACGUCGCUGCUCCAGUGUCUUGUACAGGAGCCCGACUUGGCAAUAUUAGACGUGACGGGCUGUGACCGGUGACCGUGUCGGCGCGGAUGUUUGAUGGGAUGAUUUUGAUGAUGAUGGCGCCUCCGAAAAUAAAAGAAAGAAGAAGAAAACCAGCGUUUCCUUCGGUUCCUCUAUCCACUUUUGGGCCUCUCACGAAAAGAAGGAAGAAGAAGAAGAAAAUAAAAAGAAGAAACAGUUUGCUGGCCUUUUCCGCUACUUGAAUCCAUCGCUUGGAGGUGUACGUGUGUGUGUGUGCUUUAAGUCGUUUUUAUCCGGCUAUGCUUUUAUUUCAUUUUAUUUUAUUUUAAGGGAAAUGAUUAAAAUAAGAAAAUUUUAGAUACACCCUUAAUCGGUUCCAUCGCAUUUUAAAUAAUCUGGAAUUUUUAUGUUAGAUUUGAAUUUGAAUUUCUUUUCUAUGAAAUUUGUUGGUUAUUUCUUUUAAUUUUAGGAUAUGACCUCUCUUGUUGCUGCUGCUGCUGCUGCUGCCAGGGGGUUGUCCCGGCGCCGCCUGGGCGGAGACUCGGUCCGUCCCCCUCUUUCCUUCAACUCUUCUUCUUCAUGGUUGGGGUGGGUGGGUGAGCGCUGGUGGGUGGUAAGAGUAGCACGGCCACUAACUUACCAAGUACUUUGAUCAUAAAAAUCGAUUUAGUUUUUUUUUUUUUUAAAUUUAUUUAUUCAUUUCGAAUUAAAAAGAAAAGAAAAUUAUCUAAAAAUUUCAAUUCCGUCAAUUCAGGUUUUUCACCAUUUUUCUAUUAUCUAUUUUACCUGAUUUAUAUUUUAUUGAUUUAUAAUUUUUUUUUUCUUUGAAAAUUGCGUUUGUCAAAUUCUACUGGAAUUGUUAUCAUCACAUGUUUGACUUGUCUUGUGCCACGCGCGCUCUUCAAGUUCUUUAGUGGAGAGGGGGGUAGGGAGGGAUAUUAUCAUCAUCUUCUUCUUCUUUCUUUCUUUCCUUGACUACUCCGACAUUGGCUCCCGCCUCCCAACCCGACUGUGCACCACCCACCCACCGCCGCCGCCACAUUUUAUUUUAUUUUUUUUUAUUUUUUUUUCGUCUUAUUUUUUCUUAUAAUUUUUUCACCACCACCACAACCCGCCAGGAGACCUCAGCAAGUCCCUCCCACCCCACCCCACCGGGCCCCCCUCCGCAUAGCCCCCGCUCGGCUAUUUAACGCAGAUCUCCGGCUGCCGACCAGCGUGAAUUCUCCAUCAACAUCGGCCGGAACCAGUCGAAUACAUUUCCUCCCUCCGAAAAACAAAAUUUCUAAACGAACGAACUCGAACUCUGAAAAUCAUCGGACGGUUUUAUUUUCCAAAGUUGAAAUUUUAUCAAAAUUUUUUAGAAAAAUUUCGUGUGAGAGAAACAAAUUUGAAUUUGAAAAUCGUCCCGUUGUCCGGAAACAACCCCCCAACUAAAGUGCGGAUCAACGACCCAAAUCAACUUUAAAAAACGAAGGAGAGAACCACACAAGCAAAAGUUGAAUUAACACACACACAAACAAACAAACAAGAAGAAAGAAAGAAAAAAAAGCCAAUUAGCAGGAUGAUUCGCCGAGAAGGAGGAGUCGGUGGAGGAACAGGAAGAGGAACGACGCUUGCGGCCCUGGUAGCCCUGAUGCUCCUGGCUGGACUGACCCAUUACACAGUCACUGCCGCUCCAUGGGAAUCGGAACCGGAAUCAGGAUGUUACUACAUGUUCCAGCACUACAGCGAAGGUGACCGUAUCAUCACCAACGAGCCUUGCCUCAACUGCACCUGUCACGACUCGAUGCUCAUGUGCUUCCUCAAGGUCUGCCCGUUCGCCAAGCCCAUCGGCCAGGACUGCCAGAUCGAAAAGCGGCCCGAUCAGUGCUGCCCCAUCAUUACCUGCCCAGAACUUCCGGUGCCCAUUAUGAGCAUGAACAUGACCUUGCCGGGAAUGGGCAGCAUCUCCGGCGGCGGCAGCGGUUCAUCCGCCCCGUCAUCAUCGCCUUCUGGCGGCGGCAUCGCAACGGCCGUGACGACGACAUUUCGACCUCCGCAAACGGUGGUGACGCCAUCCGGAAGCGUCAACCUGGCCGACACGGAGGGCUGUCUGAUUGACGGCCAAUUUUACGGCGACGGAGCCCAGGUCCCAUCCGAUCCGGCCAAGCCUUGCGACCUCUGCUACUGCAUCCGCAACCACACAGCCUGCGUCAUGCAGGAGUGCGUCCUCCAGGUUGAAGGCUGCUCGCCCGUCUUGCUGGACGGCGUCUGCUGCCCGGUCCGCUACGACUGCGACGCUACCAACUUGACCAGCUCGACGACGCCCAUCCCCAGCGGCGGACAGUUUGGCUGCGUACUAGACGGCCAGUCGUACAGCGACGGCGACUUUGUCCCAUCCAGCAACCCCUGCGACUAUUGCUACUGCAUGCACGGCGACAUAGUCUGCGCCGUCCAGGAUUGCGCCCAUCCGCUGGAAUUCUUCUCCAACACGUGCAAGCAGGUGCCCAAGACCAGCCCGACUCAAUGCUGCCCGACUUACGAGUGCGGAGCCCCACCGGCCAUCACGGUCGUGCCCACUCUGCCCGGAUUGGAGGAGGAAGUGACCACUUUGUCUUCCGCCACGGAGAGCGGAGUUCAAGAGGGUUCAGCCGCAUCCAGCACUCAGGGUUCAACCACAUCCACCUCAGAAGGUUCAACUACAACCGCCGCAGAAGGUUCAUCAACCACAUCCGCCACGGAUGGUUCUAGCGCUGCAGCUCCCGAACAAGGCCCAUCCACUCCAGCGGUGGCUGAAGAAAAUACGGAAGAAAUCGGCUCAUCCAGCGCUGCUACUGCGGCUCCACCGACCAUUCCGGAAGAAGUGAAAACCACUCCGUUGGACAGCAGCAACGAAGGCACUGAGGCACCGGCCGUUUCGUUCGAGACUACCUCUUCCGCUUCCAGCUCAUCCGCUCAGCCGGAAGGAGGCGACUUGGUCACCGAUGGAGUUAGCUCCUCAUCGUCUUCCACUUCCGAACCCGAAACUGAAACUGACGAAGGUUCUGGUAGCUCAACUGAUGCCGGAAGCGUUUCUUCCGUCUCGUCGGAAUCUUCCGAAUCGGCGCCAUCCACAACUGAAAAGCCCAGCCAAGUCGUUCCGGCCGAUGCCACUCCCGUACCUGAAAUUCAGCCGUCGACUCCAUCCGCAGAGGAAUCCACCGACGCUUCCGUCUCCGCCGUUUCUCCGGCUGUUACUCCGGCCGUCACCGAAGGCGAAAUCGUCCAACCAGCCACUACGCUCUCGCCGGAAUCGGAGCUGACCGACGGUAACGACUUCAACGUGGUCGUCAUCUCCUCGCAGAAACCUUCCGUUCCGGCCACCACACCCUCAUCCGAAUCUCACGUGACGGAAUCCGAAACUUCCACGGAUGCCGAAGUUGUUCCGGACGCAACCACCGCCUCUCCCGCCAUCCAUUUGUCGUCCACUUCGGCCUCGCCCAGUGACAGCCAAACCGACGACUCGGCAUCCAGCACGGAUGCUUCCGUUCCGGCCGUCUCGCCGACCUCCGAAUCUCAGGCCACGGAAUCUGAAUCUUCCACCGAUGCGGAUGAUGUUGACACCACGGCUUCCUCUGUUACCACUGGAGUUCCCGCCGGAAUUGAGGGCCAGUCUACGACUACGGUUUCACCCACUGAAAGCGAAGAUGAUGAGAAGGAACCGUCCAGUACCGACACUUCCAUUCCGGCCGUUUCAAUCCCUUCCGAAGCCCAGACCACUGAUGCGGAUGUUGUUGAUACAACGACGUUCUCGACUACCACAUGGUUCCCCACCGGAACUGGCCAUUUCCAACAUUCGUCGACCACUCCCGAAGCUCAGACCACCGAUGCGGAUGUUGUUGAUACGACAACUUUCUCGACGACCACUUGGUUCCCCACCGGAACUGGCCACUUCCACCAUACAUCGACUACGGUUGCAUCCACAGAAGCUGAAGAUCAAACGGAUUCUUCCAGCACGGACGCUUCCGGGACCUCGGAUGUAACUUCAACCCCUUCUUCGCUAGAUAUCUCAUCCGGAUUCACAUCUGAGCCCCUUGUCACCGAGUCCGCCGUCACCAGCUCACCGUCCACCGAAGCCGAAGGAAGUGACGAAGUAACCGAAAAACCGGAAGAAGUUGAAACACCGGAAGGAACCGAGAAACCAGAUGAAACCGAUAACGUCACUGAAUCCGAAGUAUCAUCUUCUUCCGCUUCUUCCACUGAUGUCAGCGCCCCAUCCGGCGAAACUUCGACCGACGCCAGCCCAACAUCCAGUGAAUCGUCGUCCGACGCAAGUCCGACAUCCAGCGAAUCCUCGACCGAUGCCAGCCCAGUAUCCAGCGAAUCUUCGACUGACGCCAGCCCAGUAUCCAGCGAAUCCUUGACAGACUCCGCCCAAACAUCCAGUGAAUCCUCGACGGACGCUAGUCCAGUAUCCGGUGAACCAUCGACCGACUCCGGCCCAGUAUCCAGUGAAUCUUCGACUGACGCCAGCCCAGUAUCCAGUGAAUCCUUGACAGACUCCGCCCAAACAUCCAGCGAAUCCUCAACGGAUUCCAGCCCAGUAUCCAGCGGACCUUCAACCGACGCCAGUCCAGUAUCCAGUGAAUCCUCGACUGACGCCGGCCCAGUAUCCAGCGAAUCCUCGACUGACGCCAGCCCAGUAUCCAGUGAAUCCUUGACAGACUCCGCCCAAUCAUCCAGCGAAUCCUCAACGGAUUCCAGCCCAGUAUCCAGUGAAUCCUCGACUGACGCCGGCCCAGUAUCCGGUGAACCAUCGACCGACUCCUUCCCAGUAUCUGGUGAACCAUCGACUGACGCCGGCCCAGUAUCCAGCGAAUCCUCGACUGACGCCGGCCCAGUAUCCAGCGAAUCCUCGACUGACGCCAGCCCAGUAUCCAGUGAAUCCUUGACAGAUUCCGCCCAAACAUCCAGCGAAUCCUCAACGGAUUCCAGCCCAGUAUCCAGCGGAUCUUCAACCGACGCCAGUCCAGUAUCCAGUGAAUCCUCGACUGACGCCGGCCCAACAUCCAGCGAAUCGUCUACCGACAGCGAAGUUGCAACUGAAGAUUCUAGCGACAGCCAAUCUCCAUCCAGCACCCAAGGAUCUACAGUUUCCUCUAGCUCCGCCUCUACUCCGGAAGUGGAAGAACCAUCAUCCACCACCGAUUCCGUCGAGUCGGAGGCUUCAACUUCUUCCGUCACCGAAGCUCCGGCCAAUCACCACACGGUGCCCGAGAUCGCCGCCUCCACAUUGGAGACGGAAGCGCCCAGCACCGGCGACGAGACUUUCACCACCCCGUCGUCGGACAUCAGCUCAAUUCCGGGCGAGGGCAGUUGCUUGUUGAACAACGUCACCUACUCGAACGGAGCCGACGUUCCAGUGCCCAGCCCAUGCCAGCAAUCCUGCAGCUGCGAGUCAUCCAUCAUCCGCUGCGUCAUUGUCGAGUGCGAGGAGAAACCCAACCACAUGCCAAACUGCCGGCCCGUCUUCUCUCCCGACAAGUGCUGCCCAGUGUUCGAAUGCGACGACGAGGAGGAUUUGGUCACCACCGUCAUUCCGGAAUCGUCAUCAUCCAGCUCGGUCACGGAAUCUAGCGGAAAUCAAGUCGAUUCGGCCACCGAUGGAGCGUCGUCUGCUGAGGAAGGAUCAGGACAAGAAGUUACCGAUGAACCUACUUCCGGCUCGUUGAAACCAUCGACGGAAUCCGGAUCGCCAUCCACUGAAGAUGACUCGACCGACCUGCCAUCCGCUUCGACCACUGCCGAACCAGUUGCCGUCACUGACGCCGAAUUGGUUUCUUCAUCCGCUGGAUCGGUCGAUGCUUCUACUUCUACCACCUCGUCGCCAGCCGUCACUGAAUCCGAAACGGAAUCGUCGGAAGACGGAAGCUCAACGGAUUCGGCUCCAGUAUCCAGCACGGAAGACACUAGCUCAUCCUCAGCCGCCGGAUCGGAUUCUUCCAGCAAACCCGAACCAGUCGCCACUGAAGCCACUCCAGCGGAAAGCACCGAAGCGCCGGAAGUGCAAACUGAUAAACCCGAGGAAUCGUCGACGGAAGAAUCCAGCGCCUCUGUCGAUCCAGCCGCCACGACUCAAUCAUCUGAAAUUCCUUCCGGCUCUCAGGUAUCCGUCGAGCCUACUUCCGCACCAGGAACUGGAUCGCCUUCAUCAUCCGAAGCUGCCGGAUCUGUGAGCACAGACUCUCCAUCGACGGAAUUGGUUUCCAGCACUGAAACAUCCGAAGAAGAAAUCCAGACGGAACCACCCGUAACCGCCAGUCCCACCAUCGAAUUGAGCGGCCCAUCCACUGGAUCUCCGACGUCCGGUGAAAGUGAUGCAUCCGCUCAGACUCCCAGCUCAACAUCCGCACCGGAAUCUACUGAAACGAUCAGCGAAACGGGUGGAGAUUCAGGAUCGACUGAAUCCUCGACCGACGGGUCUGUCGUUUCCGUCUCCACUUCCCAAGCUGGAUCACUUGUCACCUCAUCUCCUGACACCGAAAGCAGCAGCGGAUCUGAAGGAUCAUCCUCCUCUGCGGAACCCGCCACUGAGACCUCUGAAGUUUCAGGAUCAGUUUCCGAGUCUGGCGCCGGAUCGUCGACUACCGAAUCUUCUGCCGGAACCGAUACUGGAGCAUUCACCACAUCUGAACCUUCCGGAACGGAAGUAUCAUCCGCUGGAGAAUCUGAAGGAUCCACCGAAACAUCUCAAUCCUCUACUGCUGGAACUCAACCCGAAACGACACCUGAAUCCGCCGCUCCGCUAGAAACCACUUCAGCGCCCUCGGCUGUUUCAACCGAAUCACCUUCCGCCGCAACAGAUUCCGGAGUGAUUCCGGAUGAAGCAACUUCAACCAGAGAGCCUUCCACAACAACAACUGAAGGAAUUCCUGUAGGAUCUGAAACUGAAGCCCCUUCAACAGCCCAUCCUGGCAGUUCAACAGCUGAUCCAUCGACCACGCUAGGUUCGAUCGUAGGAUCGGAAGCGACCGUAUCUUUACCAACCGCAACGGAAGAUUCCCAAGCUUCUGUCACUGGAGUAGAGUCUGACGUCUCCUCGACUUCUCAAUCAUCUUCAGGAUCGACUGAGGCCUCAACAUCUUCCGGAGAUGCUGGAGCUUCGCCGGAACCCACUGUUGAUGUCGGAGAUGUGUCUUCCACUUCGUCGGAAUCCGCUGGAGUGACCGACCCCACCGAUAUUCUCAUUUCCGAUUCCAGUAAACCACCCAGGCCGACCCUGUCAGUUGGAUCCACCAGACCGACUGUAGCACCAAACCUCCCCACGGAAGCUUCAUCCGCCGCAACAGAAGCCCCCUCAUCAUUCACAACUGGAGCUGAAACCGGAUCUCAAGCGCCUUCCGAUCAGCUCACCACGAGUCCAGCGCCUUCCGACGCCAUCACCACAAGCUCAGCACCUUCUGAUCCGGUCACUACGAGUCCAGCAUCGUCUGAACCGAUCACCACCAGUGCAGUACCUUCUGAGCCCGUCACUACGAGUCCAGCAUCAUCCGAGCCGAUCACCACCAGUGCAGCACCUUCUGAGCCAGUCACUACAAGCCCAGCACCUUCCGAUCCCGUCACUACGAGUCCAGCAUCGUCUGAGCCAGUCACCACCAGUGCAGCACCUUCCGAUCCAGUCACAACCAGUUCAGCACCUUCCGAGCCAGUCAGCACCAGUGCAGCACCUUCCGUCGAAUCCAGCCCAACAGUUUCUGAAAUUCCGUUGAGCACCAGCAGCGUCGACUCCAGCAAUUUGGAAUUGUCAUCACCCGCCACUUCUCCGGCCACUCCGGAAGAAGUCGAAGAGCCGGAAAUCGCUCCAGGCGCUUGCCUCUUUGACGGCAAAGUCUACGUCUCUGCCCAACAGAUCCCCCGCGACGACCACUGCGACUUCUGCUUCUGCUUCCGCGGCGACAUCAUCUGCCUCCAGCAAUCCUGUCCGCCGCCCAUUCCCGGCUGCCUGGAAGAGACCAUCACCGGUUUCUGCUGCCCGCGCUACGAGUGCCCCGUCCGUCAAGUGACGCACAACGUCACCUGGCACUCGGCCGAUCACCGCAACAACAACCCAACCGGACUCGGCGGACUGGCCAGCAUUCCGCAAGGAUUCAACGUCGAGUUCAGCGAUUCCGUCCAGGACGGCGAUCAAGUCGAAGUGGAAGGAUGUGAAAUCAAGGGCGAUUUCUACCGGUUUGGUGAGCUCGUCGGACCCGCUUCCGGCCCCUGCCUCGAGUGCCGAUGCGGCAAAGGCGGAAUGAUGGAGUGCGAUCCGCGGGAGUGCCAGCCGGAGCCAACGCUGAGAAAAGUCAUGGCCUUGGCGGCCACCCGCCGUCGCCGACACGUUGACGCCGACGGCCUCGUUUGGAUCGGUGGCAAACCGAGAAGGCAUUGAGGGCCGACGGACAAACGUGUCCAUCCUUUUUUUUUAUUACAUUUUUCCAGCCACAAAAUCCAGCCACGUAAAAAACCCCCCCGUCCGUUUCUCUUCCACAACUGAAACUCUUGGACUUAAUUUCACUUCUAUCGGAAUAGAUGCGAUCUUCUUUUGUUUUUAUCCCUUACCCAAUCGAUGCACGCAAUAUAGAAGUGCAAGGCCAUUUUUAUAGUAAGACGAAUGUUCCAGUGAAUUGUUUGACAAUCUUGUCUGUCGUAACGUUUAAAAAUCUCCACGCACUAAGUUGGUUCUUUUUUGUUUCUAGAUUUUGGUUAUUAGGUUCUUCCAUUUUUAUUUUUCCCCGGGCCGAGUUAACGAAUCGGCAAAUCAGAACUCACAAAAAAAAAGACCAAUUAGACGUGUGUGUUCUUUUAUAUUUAUUCCCUUUAUACCAAAAAAAAAAAACUUUCAAAAAAUCACUAAAAAUUGAAAUGCGUAGGGAUUUUCGUCGGGGUUUUUAUUUUUCUUUCCUCAAAUGGUUCAAUGACUUUUUUUUUACACCCAAUAGUUUUAGAUUUUAAAAAACUCGCGGUUAGUGUUUAGGAAUAAAUGUUAUUAUUAGCUCCAUUUUUAUACGUUUGAGUAUACAAGCAACCAGAUGAGGAAAGGGUCUCGAUGGAUUUCUAAUUAGGCAUUUUGCGUGUGUGUGUUUGUGUGUGUGUGGAGAGAUAAAAAAACCAACGACGAAAAGAUUGAUCGAAACCAGCCACAGCCUUUCUCUGUUUAUUAUUUUAUUUUUGAUUAUGAAACAAAAAAAAAACAAUGUCGAGGUUUGUUGAAUAACUUUGGGGGAAAAUGUUGAUCUAUAUUUUUGUAGUAUUUCCAAUUCAGGUGAUGGGGUUUUCAAAUACCGUUUUGUCGUAUGAUGUGCUCUGUGUGUUAUGGCGUGUCUUGAUUUUUCCGUACAUGUAUCCCAACUCUCUCGUUCUUAGACAAGUGACGACGCUGCUCAAUAACAACGAAGUGGAAUUUUCAACAAAACAAAUAGAAAAAAAAGGACAAUUUUUUUUUUAAUAAGGGGGAAACAAUCGAAGGUGUGAAAUUCAACGCGGCAGUUAUUGGAAAAAAGGGAGAAAAAUUUGAAAACAUCAACAAAAAAAAAGGGGCUCGGCUUCUUUUAUUAUUUAUUAUUUUAGUCGUUUUUUUUUCAUCAUCGGCUUCCUUUUUUCAUAAUUCCUGACGCUUAUAUUUUUUUUUUGAUUGAUUUAAAAAAAAUUGUGUUUCGUCUUUUUCUUCGUGUUGGGGUUUUGUUAUUUCCUCAUCGAAAAAAAAGAUGCAACUCCUCUCCCGCGCUCGUCCCUAGUGGUGAUUACAAUACUCUCUCCUUAUUCCUCCUCCCCCCUUCUUGAUUUUGUUUUUUUCAUUUCCCUGAUUUGUGUAAUUUUUGUUUGUUUUUUUAAAAUACCGACCUGCAAUAACAAUCACUGUGAAGCAACAAAAAAAAAACAUUCCGCGCAAUUUUUGUUUUUUCAUUCUGCCGAUCAAAACGCAUUUGGUAUUUCUAAAACUUUUUGUUUUAAUUUUGUGUGUGGAUCGAAUACAUCGGUAGUAUUUUAUCCCUCUCAAAAA